CAAGAUGGCAGCAGAAGGAUUGAGGGUUGAGCCUCAGCAAGAUUCAAUCGAAGCUCUCAGUCGAGAGGUGGAAUCUUUGAAGUCCAAAUUAGAAGAAGAGAAAGCCAAACUAAAUGAUGUUGAUAUGACCGUUGUUGCCCAACGCUUGGAUAGCUUAUCAACCUUCAAUAUCAAGCAGCGGAGAGUGCUGAAAGGCCAUCAAGGAAAGGUGUUGUGUAUGGACUGGUCUGCUGAUAAGCGUCACGUUGUUAGCUCAUCCCAGGAUGGAAAAAUGAUAGUAUGGGAUGCAUUCACUACAAAUAAAGAGCAUGCAGUAACCAUGCCAACAACAUGGGUGAUGGCGUGUUCCUAUGGACCAUCAGGAUCAGUUGUAGCAUGUGGUGGAUUGGAUAACAAGUGUACCCUGUAUCCUUUGAGUUUGGAUGAAGAUCCUGCUGCCAAGAAGAAAGCAAUUGCCACACACACCAGCUACUUGUCUUGUUGUUCAUUUACACAUUCAGACCACCAGAUCCUGACGGGUAGUGGGGAUGGUACCUGUGCUCUCUGGGAUGUGGAGAGUGGCGCUAUGAUGCAGAGUUUCCAUGGCCAUACUGGUGAUGUGAUGAGUUUGGAUCUGUCUCCCUCAGAAGCUGGUAACACAUUUGUGUCUGGAGGAUGUGAUAAGGCUGCCCAUAUCUGGGACAUGAGAACAGGCCAGUGUGUCCAGGUGUUUGAGGGUCACGACUCUGAUAUCAACAGUGUGAGAUUCUAUCCAAGUGGUGAUGCUUUUGCUACGGGCUCUGAUGAUGCAACGUGUCGAUUAUUUGAUCUUCGAGCCGAUCGAGAAGUCUGUUGCUACAAGAAAGAAAGUAUUAUAUUUGGAUGCAACUCAGUAGACUUUUCAUUAAGUGGUCGUCUUCUCUAUAGUGGUUACAAUGAUUACACGGUGAAUGUUUGGGAUGUGCUAAAGGGCUCACGCAUCACGAUACUCUACGGCCAUGAUAAUAGAGUCAGUUGUUUAGGCAUAUCACCAGAUGGCACUGCUCUAUGUACAGGAAGCUGGGAUUAUACGCUAAGGAUUUGGGCAUAAUAGAUACUUCCUGUUAGAGGUUACGUCGUGUUUGUUACAUCAGGAUGUCACUGUAUAUAGUCAUUUUACUGCAAUGAAGAGGUCAAGCUUUUAGGGGAAACUUUCAGAACUGUUUGUGCCAAAAACAUGUGUAAUUGUUUUGUUCUGCUUUGCGCAGAGUUUAUUCAGAAUUGAUACAUGUAGUAUCCUUUUGCUGAUUUUGUGAUAGGUACUUAAGUGCUUAUUUAUUUGCAAGUUAGCGACUCUGGGUAAUUAGAAAGGCAUAAUGUCGUUAUCAACAUCUGAAAAGCAGCAUUGCAGAACUGCACGUGAAUAUUUGACGGUGUAUAGUACCGUAAAGCAGUUAUUAUAAAAAGAAGUACAGGUCUUAUUUACUUAUUAUUCAUUUUAAGUUCUGCUUGUAAUCAAAUCUCAGUCGUCUUUCUACAUGUUAUUAUUAUCUAAAUUACUCAAGUUUUAUUUUGUUAUCUUUGUACUCUGUUAUUUUACACUAGAUUUAAAAGUUAUAUUGUGUUGUUCUAAGUAAUUAUACUGUAUAUCUGAAGCCUGUCUGCUGUCGAUCGAGAUCAUGUCAUGUAAAUUCUAAGAUUUUUGUGGAGUGUCUUGGAACCAUUGGAGAUAUUUAGAUCUUGAUUUACUGUAGAUUGGAGUGCCAACCAAAAACGUGCAAUACUAUAUUUCAUGGGACCAUUUUAAUUCCCUGUAUGUCACCCAUGACUUUUCUGCUUAAUUUCAACUCCCCCUAUGUCUAUAGGUGUUUAGGGACCACUAAAGCCAUGUUUUACAGCAAAUAAGUUGCUUCAUUAAAUGCCUUUCCCAUCAAAUAACCUAUCUUUGGACAAGGUUUUCUCAACUUAAAACUUGAGAGAGUGGUGUAUUUCGAAGUCCAUACAUGUAUGUCAAUCAAACGUUAAGAGAUUGUCAGGUCUCAUUCAUCAUUUUAAAGAACCUUCAAUUUCAACUUACUCUUUGAUCAUAGUGGGUUUAGCGCAUUAUGGAAUCAAAUCUUCCCGAAAUGUUUCCAAACAUUUGGCUGACUUUUCUCGUCUUCUUUCCUGUCUGUCAUGUAUAAUCCAGUUGCCAUUUCAUUUACUCUUUCCUGGGUUUAUUUUAGCAAGCAUGUUUGAGAAACAUAGUUACUUGUUAUCCAGGUGUUGAUUUUUGCAUUUUUUCGAGCAUUUCCAUGUACAUGUACAUGCCUGUUUUUUGUAACAGGCAGUUGGAGAGAAGUUUGGUAAUUUGGAAAUGUUUUCAAAUUUGAAAAUUCUCCCUCGCGGCCAGGUAUGUUUCUAUUGCAGGUUUUAUUUGUCCUUUACUAGCCUUGCGCAUGUACGUGUAUGAACUGAAGGACUAUGCAUAGUGUAUGGUGGAAAGGUGUUUAAAGGUCUUGUUGAAUCAAAGUGUAGCAUGCUCCUAUUUACAUUUGUGUACAGAUUAUUGUCUGUUAUCAGCUGAAGGUCACAUCUUCCUCUCCAGAAAUUUCUAUGUUUUGGUGAAUUUGCUAGGCUGUAAUACUCUAAACCAUAAAAGUCUUGCGCAUAUGAAAUCAAAAUUGCCGCAUUAAAAGUACAUUUUGAAUGCAUUUUCUUUCAUAGUGUAAGAUGAUUCAGUUAUUCUGAUACUAAUCAAGUUUAUCAUGACAUUAUAGGGAGACUAUAGGCAGCAGCCAGGUAGGUCAGAUUAAUUUCCACACUGUUGCUGAUAGGGGUCUCUGCUAUUUCACAGUACAUCAAAAGACUACACAUUUUACCACCUAUCUCCUACCUAUAGUCUCACUUUAAGCAAUUCGACAUUGAUUUUGUGUUCUUGACCUGAUACAGAGUAGAUUAAAACCAGAAAUCACUGCCAAGUAAUUUGUGUACAUUUUUUUGUCAAAGCAUUUAACGCAUAUCAUUUAUUCUAGUCUAAGGCGACACAAUAAGUAAGGCCACAAUCAUGCCUUUUCAUGAACAAAUCAAGUCAUGUAAUUAUCAUAGACAUAGUCUUUACCUGGGACUGGUAACCUUUUGACUGUCAGCCAAAUUUGUUUACAAAUUGCCUGAGGGCCGUCGGUAUUGGUCUCCCGGGCUUAUACUGAAAACCAAAAUAUCUUUCAUCACAUAAUUUUGCUCUUAUCUUCUUCUGCUAUGGAUAGUAGAAGAUUUCAAGCCUUUUGAUAGUUAAGAAGCCUCGCUUAGUGUGUCCAUAGAAUUGUUAAGUAGUUCCAUAGUCUAGAGAGAUAUGUUAUUAUCCAAAUGUAUUAUAUGUAUAUCUAUAUAUCAGAUUUAUUAUUAGAAGUCAAUAUCAGAUUUUUGUAACAACCAGAAGUAUAAAUGUGAAGCAAAAUAAAGGAUUUAACAGUUUAUUACUGUUAGAAA